AUGGAGCCACUUGGCGCAGGUAAAGGCCAUCGCAAGCCCCAGGCUGGCGCCAAGGUGAACAAACAGAAGCGCAAAGCGUUUGAGAAGCAGAAAAAGGAGCAACCUUCCCUAGCGGAGCAGCGCAAGAACCCCAAGGCUUUUGGAGUCACGAAAGCUGGUCGGGCGCGCAAGACGAUUCAGCGCAAUUUAGACCGGGCACACCGCAAAGAGUAUGUCCCGCAACAUGAUCGAGGCGAAGAGCUGCCACCUCCUGUCUCCGUGGUGGUCAUGGGUCCACCUGGCAGUGGCAAGAGUACUGUCAUCCGUUCACUAGUAAAGCGGUACACGCGCCACAACCUCGUGGACGUAAAGGGUCCAGUCACAGUCGUCAGUGGCAAAGACCGUCGGAUCACUUUUUUCGAGUGUCCGAAUGACUUGAAUGCGAUGAUUGACUUGGCAAAGAUUGCUGACCUCGUGUUGCUGCUUGUGGACGCGAGUUUUGGCUUUGAAAUGGAGACAUUUGAGUUCCUCAACAUCCUCCAAGUCUCGGGGUUUCCCAAAGUCAUGGGCAUCUUGACGCAUUUGGACGGCUUUAAAAAGAACAAGAGUCUUCGCAAGACGAAAAAGCGACUGAAAGCGCGAUUCUGGACGGAGAUCUACCAAGGAGCGAAGCUGUUUUACUUUUCGGGCAUCUCCGCCUCCAAGUAUCCGAAAGGCGAGAUUAAUAACUUGUCGCUCUACAUUUCCAGGAUGAAGUUUCGACCGCUCACGUGGCGCAAUUCGCAUCCAUACAUGCUUGCCGAUCGAUUCGAAGAUGUGACAGCGCCUGACGAUAUUCAGCGCAAUGCAUUGACGGAUCGACGGGUGACUUUGUAUGGGUAUCUGCGGGGAACACACUUGAAACCCGGGAUGAAGAUGCACAUUGCUGGUGCAGGGGAUUUCUACAUGGACAGCGUGACAGCGAUGCCUGACCCGUGCAAUAUCCCGUCGAGCAAGAAGAGUGCAGAUGGCACCGUGAAGAAGAAGCACUUGACUCAGAAGGACACGCUGCUGUACGCGCCAAUGUCCGACGUCGGGAGCAUCAUGUACGACAAGGACGCCAUGUACAUUAAUUUGAGCCAGCUGAACUACACAAACCCGGACACUGGCGAUGUUGUGGCUGAGGAGCAAGACUUGAACGACACAGACGGCACUACUGCCAACGGCGUACGGAUUGGACUGGGUGGCGAAGGUGUGGAAAUGGUUCAGAGUAUGCAGAAGAUGGACGUUGGUCUCGACGAGAGGCUGAAGGGAGCGAGUUUGUCAUUGUUCAAGGGCACCACUGCUAUUCGCGCGGACGAAAUAGACAGCGAAGAGGAGUGUGAUAGCGAUGAUGACGAUAGCGAAGACGGUGACGAUGAUGAUGAGGAUGACAAUGGACAGCCCACCAUUGGCAACCCCAAGGAGAUUCUUGUGUGUGACGGCUCUGGCCGGAUGCGUCGACGAGCAGUGUUUGACGAGGGCGAAGAGUCGAGCAAAUUGAUGGAAAGCGGUGCUGUCGCCGACUCAGAUGACGGUAGUGACGACGAAGACGAAGACGAAGAGGAAGAAGAGCAAGUGGUCACCGAAGAGCAGUCGAAGCUGCGGUGGAAGGAAGACAUGGUGUCUCGUGCCGCUGCCAACUUUUUUGAGCGUGAGCAGGCUGAUGUCAACCUGAUGGAGUUGGUUUACGGGGAGCGCCAGAAGCUUCACAUCACCGAGCGUGAAUUGGAAAACGAGGAGAAUGCUGCUCCAGCGGAUGAUAGCGACGAUGACGAGAACAGCUUCUUUCGACUCAAGCGCAAGUCUGAUGCAUCGGGAUUGUCUUCGUCAUCAUCCGAACGAUACAACGCUGUCAAUGCAAUGGAUUGCUCACGUUUGCACUCGGGUUUCGGCGACGAGCGUGACUGGGCGAAUACUGAUAUUCUCGAGAGCAUUCGUGACCGAUUCGUGACUGGAUCAUGGAAACGUGUGAACAAAAAGAGCAGCAGCGAUGACUACGAAGAGGAUGUCGAUGCUGAUCCCCUGAAUGAUGACGAUAUGGACGGUUCGUUUGAAGAUCUAGAGAAUACCGGGGUGCCCACAGAUGCCGAGAGUGAAAGGAAUGGUGAUCGCAACAGCAACGAGGGCAGUGACGAUGAGGUGAAUGAGGAUGAGACUGACGAAAGCAUUCGCGAGCGUCUUCGUGCGGAGAAAGCAGCCAAGCAGACUGUAAAGGACAAUGACGACGAUGUAGAAGAAGGCGGUCGAACAAAAAACAAGGAAGAUGAGGAUGAAGAAGUGACGGAGGUGAUGGUCGAAGCAAAGCGCCUUCGUGAAGAGCAGGCAAAGCGUAAUGCCGAGGAGUUUGGUGAAGAAGGUGAGGACAUGCGCCUGCAGCUGGAAGGCUUUCGUAACGGGCUUUACGUCCGGAUCGAGUUUUCAGGUGUGCCCGCUGAAUUCGUUCGGCACUAUGAUCCUAGAAACCCGAUCGUUGUGGGCGGAUUGCCGAACAUGGAGGACGUCCUAGGGCUCGUACGGAUGCGCUUUAAGAAGCACCGUUGGCACAGGAAGAUUUUGAAAACCAACGACCCGCUCGUAUUCUCUAUCGGUUGGCGGCGGUUUCAGAGUUUGCCGCUGUACUCGAUCGAAGACACGAAUGAGCGUCAUCGGUACUUGAAGUACACACCGGAGCACAUGCAUUGUCACGCUACGAUAUUUGGACCCAUGUGUCCUCCCAACACUGGUGUGCUGGCCUUCCAGACACUGGCUAACAAUGCUGAAGGAUUUCGGGUAAGUGGCACUGGUGUCGUAUUGGAGCUGGACCACAAGUUUGAUGUUGUGAAGAAGCUCAAGUUGAUCGGUGUGCCGAGCAAGAUUCACAAGAACACUGCUUUCAUCAAGGGCAUGUUCAACACGGAAUUGGAAGUUGCCAAGUUUGAGGGUGCUAGCGUCCGUACAGUGAGUGGGGUGCGAGGUCGCAUUAAGAAGGCGCUUCGCGGCGAGAAGGGUGACUUUCGAGCUACCUUUGAAGACAAGAUCUUGAAGAGUGACCUCGUGUUUUGUCGUACGUGGGUACCCGUGGAGCCCAAGCACUUGUACAACCCAGUGACGUCUCUGCUUACGAACAUCAAGGGCUCUAGCAAAAGUACUCUGGGGCUCAUGAAAACGACGUACGAGCUGCGCAAGGAGCAGAAGUUGGCCGUCCCUGUCAACCCGGAUUCGCUGUACAAACCAAUCGUGCGAAAGGAGCGUAAGUUUGCUGCUCUGAAGGUGCCUAAGAAGCUGCAGGCCGAUUUGCCGUUUGCUAGCAAACCGAAGGAAGACAAGAAGAAGGGAGUGAAGAAGGGAUAUCUCGCUAGUCGAGCAGUGGUGCUAGAGCCGGAGGAGAAGAAGAAGUACGGCUUCAUGCUGCGUGUGAAUACUGUAAGACGUGAUCGAGAAGCUACGCGCAAGGAGCGACAGAACCAGCGAAAUGCAGACAAUCUGAAGCGCAAACAGCGUGAAGGAAUGCAGUUUGAAAGCGUGCACAAAGCAGAGAAGAAGGCCAAGUAUCGGGCGGAGGGCAAGGACGCCGCUUACCGUGCGAAAAAGACAGCCGCGCAUUGA